CGUCCCUGCCCUCCCGUCUGCGCCUGCGCUUGCGCGGGCUUCUCCGCCGUUCGGGACCAUGGCGGCCGCAGGUGGCGAUGCCCAAGCCGACUACGUGUUGGGCCUCGACCUGGGCACCACGUCCGUGAAGGCGGUGCUGCUGGAGGCCGGUGCCCAUCGAGAGCCCCCGAUGCCCGCGGCCAGCGCCAGCCGGGCCACACGAGCCGACGCGCUCCCCUGCGGGGAGGCCGGGCCCGGGGGCCGGGAGCAGGACGUGCGCAGGAUCCUGUGGGCUCUGAACGAGUGUCUGGGGGCCCUGCCCGCCUGGCAGCUGCGGAGGGUGCGCAGCAUCGGCGUGUCGGGUCAGAUGCACGGGGUCAUGUUUUGGAACGGCAGCCAGGCCUGCACCUGGGGGCAGAGGGGCCCCCACGGGGUCUUCGAGCCGCGGCACGUCAGCCACCUCGUCACCUGGCAGGACGGGCGCUGCUCCAGCGGCUUCCUGGCCUCCCUCCCGCCGCCCGAGUCCCACCUGAGCGUGGCCACGGGAUUCGGCUGCGCCACCAUCUACUGGCUGUCGCGCCACAGCCCCGAGUUCCUGGUGCCGUUCUGCGCGGCGGGCACCGUCCAGGACUACGUGGUGGCCAUGCUGUGCGGCCUGCAGAGACCCCUCAUGUCCGAGCACAACGCCGCCAGCUGGGGGUACUUUAACACCGAGCGCCGGAGCUGGAACACCCGCGUUUUGGAGGAGUCCGGCUUUCCCACCCGCCUGCUCCCAGACGUGGCCGAGGCCGGCGCCAUCGCGGGGACGACCACCCACGAGUGGUUUGGUGUCCCCCCGGGGACCAAGGUUGGCGUGGCCCUGGGGGACCUUCAGUGUUCCGUGUUCUCCUGCAUGUCGCGGAGCACAGACGCAGUCCUCAAUGUCAGCACCUCCAUCCAGCUGGCGGCCUCCAUGCCGCCCGGGUUCAAGCCGGCAGAGUGCCCGGAGCCCUCGGACCCAGUGGCUUACUUCCCCUACUUCGGCCGGACCUACUUGGGCGUCGCCGCGUCCCUCAACGGCGGUAACGUGCUGGCCACCUUUGUCACCAUGCUGGCGCGUUGGAUGGCGGACCUAGGAGUGGACGUCGCGGAGGGCCAGAUCUAUUCGCAGAUGAUCCGGGCGGCCCUGACCCAGACGGACACCCAGCUCUCCAUCAGCCCGACGCUCCUGGGGGAGAGACACCUGCCGGACACACUGGCGUCCGUGAGCAGCAUCUCCCCCGCUGCCCUGUCCCUUGGGCACGUGAGCAGGGCACUGUGCCGCGGUGUCGUCCGGAACGUCCACGCCAUGCUCCCGUCGCAGCGGCUGCAGGAGUGGGGCGUCCGGAGGCUGGUGGGCAGCGGCAGCUCCCUGGCCAGGAACGAGGUGCUGCGGCAGGAGGUGGAAAGGGCCUUCCCCCUGCCCGUCUCGUACGGCCAGGACGUGGAUGCCGCGGCCGGGGCUGCCCUGGCCAUGCUGCGGGAGAGCAUGGUGGGGGGCAGCUGACGAGGCCCAGCUCCUCCCAGUCGUUCCUGACGGUAUUCCUGACCCCUUCCCCGAUUAAGUCCCGAGGGGGCCCCAGACGGCCUCGCAGCAGUAGUGGGGGAACCGAGUUCUGCCUCCACAGCCAGUGUCAAAGGGCCCCCUGGGAGCCCCCUUUUUAGUGAGUCCCUCGCAGUUGAGGAGAGGCCGGCUGUCAUGGCUUCUUCUGUGACCUCGGGAUUAACUGGCCGUUUUGGAAAAGUCCUGGAGGGGCCACUGCCCGGUCUGGCGCUCUCGGGGGGAGCCUUCUAGGAACCCCCUGAGUUAGCUGCCCAGUCCCCUCAGGGCUCCUAACCUGCUGACAGUAGAGCCACCAGGGUUCGGGAGGGAGGCUGCGGCCCACUGUGGAGAAGUGAGCCCGGGCUCCAGGCCCAGAGCAGUUUGGCCGGGCCCAAGAGCCUGGACCCCACAGCCCGGACCCCACAUGGGCCCACUGGGACACGAGAGGUCAUUCGGUCUCCGUGGCGGAGCCCUGUUGGCUGGGGGGUUCUUGGGGGCCAGCGGGGUGACUGGCCACAGCUGUCCGUCCUGGGGUCCUCGGGUGCGCAGUGAGCCUGGCCCUUUGGGGGGAUGGUAAAUCUCUGGCCAGAUGCCCCUGUGGACGCCUGCUGUUCUUCUUUGCAGACUGACCUGAUGAAAUCAAAGAUCUUCAACUUCGAAUAGAUCCAAUCUUCAGCUAAAUCAAUAGGGGGGCGGGCCGCCGGACAGGUUUCUCAAGGGCUCCCCGGCCCCUUCCCAGACCCCUGCUCCCCCCCCAGUCCUGCUGGAGGACGGCCAGAAUGCCACGUGCCCGGACAUCGUGCCACGUCAGGAAGAGCCGAAGCGAGGGGGGCCUGAGACGGGGGUGGGGGGGGGGGGGGGGGGAUCUGCUCAGGGUCAGUGGGAACUUGCCCUGGAGGAGGAAGGGGGCCUGUUCCCGUUGGGCUGAGAGGGGGCAGCAGCCAGCUGUUUGCCCCCCCCCACCCCAUCCCCGCUGGCUCUCGGUGAACCGGAUCUGAGCUGUGGGGACCAAUACCUUGGGUGGGAAGCCCAGCCCUGGUGGGGGGAAACCUGUUGUGGAGGUACACUGAUUGUCAAGUGAUGUUUUGUGCUGAUUAAACGGAGGAGGCUCCAGACACUC